AUGUUUACUUCACCUAUUUUCACAACUUUCGUAAAAUUUGCCAUCGAUUAUCCUCGGGAUAAUUAUCUCUACUUUAAUAUUUUUACCAAAAAACCACAAAAAGUUUCCCUUAUAAGGCAAGCAUCGAAAUAUAUUAUCUACUGCAGAAAUAUGCUUUCGAAAAUAGAAGAAAAUUUAUUGUUGACUUUAAAAGGAGGUUCAGUAUUUAGCUAUUCUAUUCAAAAUUGUAUUUUCAUUAGGCAAUAUCAAACAACUCGGGUCUUAAACAACUUCGCUUCUCACAGUCACAUAGCUGACGGAUUUGGCCGACCGCAAAGUACACAUAGAGACAGGCAUUUAAAGUGCUUUUCCUCUAAUUUAUUUAUUAUAUUUAUAAUCGACUCUUCCAAAUCGUCAAUUAUUUUGUCUCUGCGUGCAGAAGGUUUUCAAUUAGCAAGCAGACUCACUAACCAACAUGUUGAAAAUCCCAUCAAAGGCGACGAUAUUUUAAUGCAUGGAGUUAGUCUUACCGUGGUCUCUUGUGUAUCAUAUUCAGAAACGCAUCAUUUUCCAGUGUUAAUUGCAUGGAAGUUGUUUUCUUACUUAAAAAACAAAAACUUAAAGCAAUUGCGACGUGAUGAGGUCUUUUGUGUGACGUUGUUAGUAAAAGUUUACCAUUGUUGUUCUUGCCUCCCAUUAUUUCCACUAAAAACGGAAACAUUUUUUCUCCAAAAAUUUAUAUCAGAAUGUGACUUGGGGAGAUACCGGCUGUCUAUUCAAAGUCAUUUCAAAAUGGAGAAGAAAGCCACUCUAAUUGUUAAUCGUGGAAAGCCUGGGGCCUUUUAA